CUGAGAAUGUGGCAGAGGUUGGCCACCACCUCGCUGCUCCUGCUGCUGGUGGGCACUGUGCCCGCUGUGGUGGCCCCGCGGAUCCCCUGGGACGGUACUGGUGGGUGUGGGGAGCAGCCACUCAUAGAUAGGACCUCAGGAUCCCGGAUUGUAGGUGGACACGACGCCGAGGUUGGAGCAUGGCCGUGGUCAGUCAGCCUCCAGAUUCACCACGUUGGUGCAAAAUUUGCACAUGUAUGUGGUGGAACUUUAGUUAAUGAGAUUUCAGUGCUUACUGCUGGCCACUGCACUACAGGACGGAAGGACCCAUAUUUUUGGAGAGCUGUGUUGGGCACACAUGACCUUUGGAAACAUGGCAAACACGCAGCAAAAAGAAGUAUUAGAAGCAUCACCGUGCACCCAGAAUUCAACAGAGAAACAUUUGAAAAUGAUAUUGCAUUAUUUCAGCUUAAUUCUGCUGUACGCUACAGUUACUAUAUUCAGCCUAUCUGCUUACCUUCUGCACACCUUUACCUGUAUAUCGACCAGCAAACAGAGUGCUUUAUAAGUGGUUGGGGACGGAUAGCAGAAAAAGGUAAAACUCCAUCUGUAUUGCAAGAAGCACAAGUGGAAAUCAUUCCUUAUAGCGAGUGUAACAGUUCUGAUGCGUAUGGAGGCAUGAUUAACAACAACAUGAUUUGUGCUGGCUCUCCAUCAGGAGGCAUUGAUAGCUGUCAGGUAAGACUCAACACCAUGCCCAACGUGCCACCGCCAAGCCAGAGUCCCAGGGGUAUCACGAUGCAUUUGUAGCGUAAUUAAUUAAAAUGGCACAAAUACUAAAGAAAAAAUACAUCAGACUGGAAAAGAAGCAUCAUAAAUAGAGAGGUGAUUCAAAAAGCAACACCCAUCUCUGAAAAAUACACAUAGACUUCAGUGUUACUCAGCAAAAGAACAAGUUAACAGAACUGAAAGGAGAAAGAACACAAAUGCAGUCCGUAUGUUCCCACUGUACACAUGCAGUGUGUGUGAAGUACACACACAUCUUACUUGUUUUUGUGCUGUUGAAAGACAGCACCAGCACUGAAAAGUGACAUGGUUCAGUGGGGAGAUUUUUUUAUUUAAAUGCUUCUCUUUCUCAGAAAAUACAAUUCUCAGGUCAAAAGCCCCAGGAUGCUAAAGUUGGGGCAUCAGUUGCGUUAUGGAGACAUUUAUAAUUAAAAAAGUAUAUUCAUAAGUGUAUCAUUAGUCUGAUACAGUUCCUGCUUUCCUCAGCACUUUUCCUCUAAGCAAGUAAUUUGGCAAAAAUUCAGCGCUGCGUAUUCAUUACAAAGUUUCUUGGUAAUUGCAGUACUACACUGUGCAGACAAUACCUUCUGAUAACAACCGACGAGUAAGAAAGUUUAUGGAGACAAGCCUUAGAAUGAAAAGGUGCCAAAAAAAAAGAAUUAAAA